UUGGGGGGUGGAAUAUUAUUGUCAUUGCGUUCGUUCCUUCCACAUCGGGCUGUAGUUCCGACACCCGUCGCUAGAUGUCGCCAAAAACAGUUUUCUUGACGGCUCAUUACUCCGUCACGUGACCAAGGUGCUCACUCUAGUAAGUGUCCGCCGCCUUCCCGUCACUUUACUCCGAGGGGCACGCGAGCCAAGGAAGCAGCCGCUGAGAUGGAGGAGCGCGAGCCCUUAACGCGCGCGCUGAGUCUACUGGUGAACCUGGGCCAGGUUCUGCUGGAGAAGGCCCAGCAGGAGGCUGCAGCCUCCCUGGAAACCUUCGUUCCACACAAGAUCUCCACGAUGUUCGGCCUGAUCACCGCCGGAGCCAACUUCUACAGGAGCCUCGGAGUGAAGACGAAGAGUGAGGCAGAGGAAGUGUGGAAGAAGUCAUACCACCAUGCAGCUGUAAGAGAACAGGUGGAGGAGCUUCUGCAGCUGGAGAGCGACUGGGACGCGUUCCUCCAGAGCGUGGAUGAAGAUCUACAGUGCACAGAUAAGCUGCUGUCCGGGUCGAAGGCGGCAGACAGAAUCGGCGCCGACUCGGUGUUCACAGAUGCUCGGAGUGCAGAGAGUGUAACUCUGGGUCAGUUCCUGGGCCAGAACCAGAAGCUUCUUCUGGUUCUCAUCAGACACUUCGGAUGACUGCCGUGACGAGACCACGUGGCCGAGCUGGAGGCCAGUCAGAACCUCCUGCAGGCUCGGUCCGUGCGUGUUUUGGUGCUUUCCUUCGGCGGCGUGGAAGGAGCUAAGCUGUGGCUGGAGCAGACCAGGUGCAGCUUCCAAAUGCUUCUGGAUCCACAGAGAAAGAUCUACAGGAGUUUCGGCCUGGGCUCGUCCUACUCCAAGGUGUUGAAGUUUGACUGCUUGCUGAAGUUCUCAGAGUACCCAAGAUCAAGCAGAGACUUCCCUGACAUCCCCUCUCGUCUUCUGGAAGACCUUUACCAGAUGGGCGGGGAUUUUUUGUUGGACGACGCAGGAACAGUGCUUCUUUCUCAUCCAUCUAAAAGCCCGCUGGACAGGCCGAGCGUGUCGGACAUCCUGAAGGUGGCGGAGGAGGCAGAUGGUAACACUGAACAACACGAGGUCCAGAAAGAGUGAAGCAUCCCGUCGCCUCAGAGGAGCAUCAGAGCUUCAGUUCACGCCGAUGACGCCACUUCUCGCCAUCAUGACCUCAUGAAGAGAUGUGGCUGAUGCUCAGUGAAGAAAAGAGCUGGUCUCCUCCGUGGAGUCGCUGCCUUCAGGAAUUCACUUUGAAGUAAAAUAGUUUCUAUUCUAAGAAUGGAAAGUGACUGCAAAAAUAUCGUUUUUAGUUGAAGUUAUGAAGGAGAUUAAUCAAAAAAGUCACUAAUGUAAUUUACUCUCACUUGUAACAAGAAUAAUAUUGAUAUGAAAAUAGAUAAAUAAAUUUACUUGAACUUAUUUUACUGAUUAAAAAUAAAAAUAUUAAUAUAUAGUAAUAGUUUUGGGGUAAAAUUUAAACUUUUUUUAACCCUCUGAUGAUCCAAUUUUUUUCUUAAAUUAUACUCUUAGACUUCCUACUUUAAGCACUAAAAACAUGUUAUUGGUGAAAUGUCAUGUAUUACUGAAAAAGGGUUUUUGGUCAUUUUUACAAAAUUUCACUUUAAUUAUUUCUAUCUUCUGCUACUUUUAGUGAGUUUAAAAUGUUUUCACUAAUUUGUAACAUGAUGUAACAUCAUCAUCCAGUGUUACAUUGUUUCUCAAAAGGAAAAACUAACAAAAGUGUUCAGAUCAUUAACAUUGUAAACAUUGUUCUGCUUCUCCUGGAGGACGUUUUAGUUUGGACACUAGGUGGCGA